AUGAGCGCCCUGAGAGAGGUCAGGGGGACCGGUCUCCCCCAAGCCCACAGCCUCACGACUCCCGACCGUGCCCCGGAAGGCCGGCGCCCAUACCAGUACCAGAGGCUACGGGAGAAGAGCAAGGCCUCACAGGUGAUGGGGAAGACGCGCGAGGGCAGCUCGGGGGCCGCGAUCAGGCCGCCCGUGCUUCCAGAGGCGAGGGCCAUCCCCGGGGGGGCCAUGGGCUGCGGCCGCUCUCUCCAGAGCCUUGUCCCUGGAGGUCGCGGUCCUGCGGCCACCGAAGUGAGGCAAGACGUGGCUCCAGUACCCGUGGCAGGCUUGGAGGCCGCCUCUGUCUCCGAGCCGGCUCAGGUCGGCCUCAAAGACGGCGUCCAGGGCGGAGAGAAGGUUCUAGAAGCCGGUGGCGCCGGGAGAUCAGCCCCUGAGGUGACGGCUAAGGGCGGGAAGACCGAGGAGGGUGCCUCGGGCUCAGUAGCCGUGGACGAGAAGCCAGUAGGUGAUGGUAUGGAGGUGGAGGGAGACGAAGCAAGAGGCGAGGCGAGGCAGGAGCCGGGGCCGCCUCCCCUGGACAUCUCUCGCUGCCUGAAGCCCCUGCAGGCCAUCAAGCAGGCGCUGGACCACCUGAACGCCCAGGCCGACAGGGUCCUCCUGCAGCUGGACCGCCAUUUCGGGCGGAUGCGUCAGCACUACCUGCGGCGGCGGAACUACGUGAUCCGGAGCAUCCCGGGCUUCUGGGUCACGGUCUUCCGCAACCACCCGCAGCUGUCGGCCGUGGUGCGAGGCCAGGACGCCAGGAUGCUGAGAUACGUGACCCACUUGGAGGUGAAGGAGUGCAGACACCCGUGGAUAUGUUGCAAGUUCAAGUUCUUCUUUCGAAGAAACCCCUACUUCACAAACAGGCUGAUCGUCAAGAAGUAUGAGGUCAGAGCGCCCGGCCAAGUGGUGUCCCUUUCCACACCUAUCGCGUGGCGCCCAGGCCACGAGCCCCAGUCCUUCAUUGGUAGGGGCCAAGAGGUCACGUGCGGCUUCUUCGCCUGGUUCUCCGACCACAGCCUUCCAGAGUGCGACAGGAUCGCCGAGAUUAUCCGAGAGGACCUCUGGCCAAAUCCACUGCUGUACUACCAGGCGCGGGAAGAGGCCGGCAGAGUUAGACAUCGCCAGAUAAGGGAGGCGGUGGAAAUCCCCAGGCCCUUCGGGUUCCACUCUGGUUAA